AUGUCGACGCCCGAGGACGUACUGGCGCAAGCGUCGCCGACGAUGCCUGGCGACGUCUAUUAUGAUGUGGUGUGCGAAUAUUCAAGUGUCAGGUGGGAAAUCGUCAAGAUUGAAACCAUGGUAAGGCGAAAGGUACGCAUUCAUACUUACCGCGUAAAAGCGGUAGUGCCCUCACCAGGACGCGAAGCCUCAUCUGCCUUCAUGGCUAAAAAGCAGUGGAACUGAAAAUAGAAAUACAAAAGCAAAACACUUGCAGCCGCGGAUAAAAUAAUUGUUCGCCCUGUCAUGCUACUGUACUGAAUAAACAAGCACAGAGCUGCCACACCAAUUUUUAAGCUGGCGGAUUAGAGGACAUGCAAUUGCAAAGCGCUGGCUCGUUGCUUGAUGUAGCUUCAGGUCAUUCUUCUCUGAAAAUUGCUUCCUCGGCAGCAUAGAAAGUCUCUGCGCUCCAACUCACGCCGCACUAAGAGGGUCCGUGCGUCGUGCGUGCGUGCGUGCCCGAGCGUUCACAAGCCUUCGCAAAAGACUCUAACAGCAGCUACAUGCUUUGGACUAUCAGACAAUUAACUCGCAUGCCAGAAGAUGCGAGCACAGCGUUGGCAUUCAAGUUGAUGAGUUCCCACCUGACGCAUCCAUAGCGAGGAGAAGCGACUAGGCAUGAAGUUCAACGGUAUAGAGGUCACCACCAUUUUUGAAGAUUCUUGGGCUGCCCGUUCCGGCAUUCAACUAGACGACGAAAUUCACCUUGUCAAUGGUAUUGUUUGUUUUUUUUUGCUUUUACAUACCAUAGUUUUAGUUAUAGGAAACAAUCAAAAUCGACGUCGAACAGCGUGGUGUUGGUCUUAGUGUGCUUAUUUUUUGCACGGCCUCGAUGGGAAAACAGAAAUAGUUCCUUACACUUAAACUUUCAAACAAUUACCUGCGAGAAAAAGGUGGAAAUUCCCUCCUCCUGCCUCUCAGCACUGCAAAGACAGGACAUCUGUGUCCACUGCAAAGACAGGCACAGGACACAGAUGAUAAGGGAAAACAACGCAUGGUCAACGUGAGAUUGAUUAUGAUUCCAAACCAAUGCGUCCACAGGUAAACGAUUUUACGCCAUGAAUCGCGACGAGAAGUUGGCUGCGCUGCAAGGACCGCGUCCCCUGAUUAUCAAGUUGAAGCGCCCCGAAAUCAAGGACGCCUAUUACACACUCACGCUGGAGGAACUCAAGCUCGGUAUAGAUAGUUUUGCAAGUGCCAAUUUUAACUGCUGUAGUUUUGCUUUCCGGCUCCUAGAAAUUAAAAUUGCAUCAACUCUGAUCGAUCUCACCUUCAACGUCAUUUUUCAAAAUUAUCAUCAGGGAUGGGCUUCAAAGGCUAUCCUGAGUGAAAACGUCUCCACCCCAUAUUAAGCAACGCGUGGAAUCUCUUACACAAUUUGAGAAGUUUUGUGAGCUCAUCCUCUUUGUGAGCUCAUAGUUUGCUGCUCCUCGCGCCUGGAGGUUAGAAAAGUCAUAUCACAUCAAAGUGACCACCUUGACCUUAUCCUGAUUAGUGUAUGACUGUAUUCAAAACACACGUUACAAGAUGUUCUCGUGGGGCUGCGCACGAGAGACAUUCUGCGUAUGUUAUGUAGAUUACCACGACCAGUGUGGGGGGGGGGAACGUUUUUACUGAGGAUAAAGGCGCGCGAGUGAUCAACGUGACACCGGGUGGAUGGGCCGAGAGGUCUGGUGUACUCAUCAACGACGAAAUUGCAGAGGUUGGUGGCACCGGAUUUUCGAACCUAAACGACGACCAGAAAAUCGAACUCUUCAAAAAACCACGCCCAUUUGACAUCAAGUUCAAGCGCCCAGCACGAUUACGUAUAUAUUUUAUAACUACGGCAAACAUUUUUUUGGCUUUUGCUUCUAGGUCUGACAAGCUCUGCAAAGUUGCGCCCUUGAGAAAGUCCAAAGGCAAACCCCCAGCGCGUCCCUCGACUUUUGUCGAAGCUCGUCAGCAAGCGCAUCUUGUAGGGCCAUACUUUCGGCCGUUUUUCGGUUGCCCGCCACUUUAGUUUUAGACUCGGCCGCUUGGAGUCAGUGUUUUCCUUGAAGAACAAGAACCUGCAAGAAGCACAAAAGCACCAAAACAAACAGGGAAACAGCAAGUGGCAAAGGGUGGCGUCGCACACCUUGCGGUACCCGGGGUUCCGUUUGGGAUGCCGGUGGGUAACGAGAUCGGCAAUGCGGACAAUCGACCGACGCCGAUACAGCCCGAGCCGAGGCGGGAGCCAAGCUUUUUCGAGUGCCUCUGCUGUCGCCCUGCGGCAGAGACGAACAAUGACAUAGAGGUGACUCGCCCCCGACGUUCUAUCUAUUGAGUGCGUGCUGGCAUCGAUAGAUGAAGAUCGUGCGCAAUUCUUGGGGUGCUCACGAAACGGACCACUCCUGCAGAAUCAAUAAUCUGAAUGCAGCAAAAGAGAAAAACGUAUUCACUUUCACCCUGCAGAAAUUGAAAUCUAAUGUACACUUCAUCUCUUUAAAAUUCCCUCUAUUACAUUUGAAUUUGAAGCUUCCGGUAAACAGAAAGACUUCUAUCUAUUGAAGACAUUAAUUAAGCGGCAAGCACUAGGCGCCAAAUGUAAAAUGUGAUCUGUAGCAUCUACUACUCCAUCUACCUCUUUACAUGUUCCCUACCUCGUUCUAGCGAGCCACAUGAAGAAUAGCCACCGCCGCCGCGCCUCGAGCUAGCUCGAUCAUUGUAAGUUUGUCACCGGACUGCAAAUUACUAUCAUCCUAGCGCAUUCUCUCUACUGUAAACGACGUAGGGACUCGGACAGGGGACAAGAUCUGCAUUGUCCCAGACUUUUUGUACCAAUUUGUGUACCGUAAAGUACGAAUCAAAUGG